AUGGGUUCCAAUCCAAGUAAACCGAAUUCAACCACUGAAACUGUUGUAAAAGCGGCUUUACCACCCGUUCGUCAAACUUUAACCUCGGCACGUCGGUCUUCUGUCCACAGUACAACCGGUGGUGGUGGAGGAACACGUCGCCCUUCGAUUCAACGAGAAAAGUCAGCUGUGCAGCAGGUUGUACGUCGACCAUCGACCGGCUUAAUUACAGCAACAACUAAUCGGCGAGCAUCUGUUAAUCCAACAACUCCUACCGUGAAAGAAGAACCAGCUACGACCCAGACCAAACAAACUAAAUCGUCAUUUUGCAACAUUAGUUAA